CGGCAGAUCACGUGGCCGGCGCGCCUGGUGCGAGGAGGCUGCGCCGAGACAGGAGCGAACUUAGGGGGGUCAUGCCUCGGGGUCUUCUCUGCGCCUGCGCCGCUCCGGGAUGCUGAACCUUGCGGCGCUGCUGUGGCGCCGACUCCUGCGCAAGCGCUGGGUGCUCGCCCUGGUUUUCGGGCUCUCGCUGGUUUACUUCCUCAGCAGCACCUUCAAACAGGAAGAGAGGGCGGUGAGAGAUCGAAACCUUCUCCAGAUUCAAGACCGUGAACAGCCCAUUCCGUGGAAGGUCCAGUUUAACCUGGGCAACAGCAGCCGGCCCAGCAACCAGUGCCGGAACUCUGUUCAAGGGAAACACCUCAUCACCGACGAGCUGGGCGAAGCCAGUCCUGGUUCUCAGGAUGUGCAUCUCUGGCUUUCAGGCUAUGUCUGUGAGAGGAAGGACCUGCUGGCGAAUGGCUGCUGUGAUGUCACUGUCCCCAGCACGAAGCAGUACUGCUGUGAUGGAUGCCUGGCCAACGGCUGCUGUGAAGCCUAUGAACACUGUGUCUCCUGCUGUCUGCAGCCCAGCAAGCAACUUCUACUGGAGCGCUUCCUCAACCGGGCAGCUAUGGCCUUCCAGAACCUCUUCAUGGCAGUUGAAGACCACUUUGAACUGUGCUUGGCUAAGUGCAGGACUUCAUCCCAGAGCGUGCAGCAUGAGAACACAUACCGUGACCCCAUAGCCAAGUACUGCUACGGUGAGAGCCCACCAGAACUCUUCCCAGCAUGAGACCUGAUGGAGAGGCACACCCAGAACCAGUCUGGUCCACAUGAGAUAAUGAAAGAGAAAGCCACACAAGGAUCCUUGGCCUUGACAGUGUCUAGUGGCUUCAAGUGUCUCUGGCUCCUUGGCCGCCAUCUGGAGCAGAUGGACAGAGCUGUUCUGUAGAGCUUGCAGGGCCCUGGGCUGCUGGUCGGGAGCCAGGGCUUGAUGCUAUGUUGUAGUUACUUCAAGACUUCUCAGAGCAGUGGAAGGUACUGUGUUUUGUGCAGGACACCUUUGCCUGUCCAGUUGGAUAUACUCAAGGAGGUGACUGCUGUACUUGGUUCCUGACUGUCACAAGUGACAUCACUCCUGCACCAAAUGCAAGUUUGUCUCCAGGAGUGUGGGUGUACGGACUUCUUUGGUUGUUUUAGCAUCUGACCGGCAAACCUUGUAUCCAUAUCCCAACCUCUAGGGGUAUGUAGAGCCUCAGGGAGGUGCUGGUCCCCACUGAGCUUUUGUAGAGCGGUCCUGGUAUGUUCAUAUACCUGAAAUAGUGGUUGGGAGGCCUGAAUCCCCAGGUGACUGUCUCAGUGGGAUUUGCUGUCACUGUGUCCCUGUUGAAACCCCUCAGCCUUGGGGCAGGGGAGCCUUUCCCUCACCUGUCACAGAAGCUGAUGGGAACUGGUGAAUGGGGUUUGCAGCACUCAGUCAUUCUUUACUGGUCUUCUAGCCUGGCCGUGUGCCAGCGGCAAACGCUUGUUAAGCUCUUACUCCAACCUAGAGUUUCAUAUCUGCUCUCAGUGAGAGACACAUGUGGUAGUCACGACCUGAAGAGUGUCCCAAAGGCAGAUCAGUGUCCGGUGUUGCAGGGGUGGGCUGUUGUCACCAGUAUCUGAAACUUGGGUUUCAAUCAUCAGGGCAAGACACCUCCUCCUUGACGAUCCUGUCUUGCUUUCUGGCCACCUAUUAACACGCACUUCUCUCCCAGACCCUUCACUGACCCUUACAGUGGGCCACGGCGUUUUGUGAUUUGGGUUGAGGUUGCUCUGGUGUCAGGCAUGAGUCUCGAGAUUUUCUCUCAGCAGCUUCAUGGAGCCUUGUCUCCCAACCACAUUUGUCUUCAGGGUGGAAUGUCCUUCAGCUCCCUCCUGCUUCCUCUUCCUGCUCACCUCCGAACUGUAUUCUGUCGCCUCUACAGAAGGGAGGGCAGUCCGAUGGGCAGUUGUUCACUUGUUUGAUAUUGCUGUGCUGGCAGACUGUGUCACUGGCAGACUUUCUGCUACUGAGCCAUGGCCCUGGCCAGGGAAUUGAUUUUUAGUGUUAGAGCCCAGUGAUUCCAUUCUCUUUGCUCUGGACUUCUCAAUGUGUUGACUCAAAGUUCAUAAAAGAACUGGGUGUACCUGCACAUUCUGGCAUGUUCUGGAAUGUUCUUGCUUGCUUAUUCUUUCUGAUAAUGGGGUGUUUAUUUUUUAUAUUUUUUGUUUUUGUUUUUGUUUUUGUUUUUAGGCAAGAUCUCCCAUAUCUCAGGCUGGCAUCCAACUCCGUAUGUGUUUGAUGCCGGCCUUGAACUCCUGACUGCUUUCUCUGAACCUGCCAAGUGCUGGGAUUAUCAUCAGACUUUUAAUGCUAGUCUAUCUUUGGUCAGUAUUGGUGUUGGUCUGUUCGUUUCCACUUAAGAGUGGUGACACAGGUUUCAGGUGAAUAGUUUAAUGUAAACAUUAGGCCUGUUGCCAGUUCUCUCUGACUUGGUACUGGAAAGACAUGUUGUGUAUGGUCCAUGAGUUUUUUAUAGUCCCUGAACAGUUGUGAUCAAGAUUCCAGUUUGCUUGUGUUUCACUCAGUGCAUGAGGAAACAGCAAGAGGUGGCCUGCCCUCCUGAGUCCCCUCCAAGAGAGAGAGAUGAAAGCCCACACAAGAACUUCACCUCGAAUGCUGCCCACAUGUCCUCCAGUGCAUCCUCCCUGAGAAUGGAUCAGUUAUCCCAGUCAGGAGAAAGUGGUGUCUACGUCCAUACCAAGUCAGUAAUUCAAAGGUCACUUUCAAUUGCCUGAAAUGUGGGUUUUGUGUUCAAUAGGGGAACACACACACACGCACGCACGCACGCACGCACGCACGCACGCACGCACGCACGCACGCACGCACGCACGCAUGAACAAUGUCUAGUACAUACCCCAUACUGCUGCUCUGCCUGCUCUGGACGGUGCACAGGCUACUUUGGAAAUUUCCAGUACUUCAUUCAGACAAGAGUGGCUCUGGGCAGGGAAGGCCCCCACCCCGGCUCACCUCUCUUGCAGGCUUGGUUUUGAGCUCCCUGAUGGGGUUCCUAGAAUCAGAGGCUGUGGUUUUGUGUCCAAGAAUCAAGUGAAGCAUAUUGGGGGCUUGGGGGAAGAGAGGAAGUGAGAACGUUGUCAGUUUAGAUGUUUAAUGUUAUUAGAUAUGAGGGGAUGUGGGCAGGUAGAUCUCAGGCAUUUCUCUGCCUUCUGAGUGUAUACUUACUGGGCUUCUUGCUGAGAAUGCUGGGAUACCAUGCCUGUAACCAUGAAGAGAAGAAACACAAUAGUGAGAAGUUCUCAGAUGGAGAGCAGGAGGAGAAUGUGGUCUCCCAGCAGUGCCACACUACUCCACAGCCAAGAUGGAAGGGUAGGCUUCUGGGUUCUUGUAGAAGUAGAGGAGGACUUCUAGGGCAAUGGUGGGGUUCUUCAUACAUCCCAAAAGCUGACUUCAUGGCUUCCUUUCGGGUGGAGUGGGGAACAGUGGCACGAUGGGAUUCUGGGCCCAGCUGUAGCCUCUUUCUCACAGUCAGGACAGGAAUGUGACUAGAGCCUGGAGCCAUUGCUGCUUAACAGUGUGACCUUCUUUGAGUCUUGGGCCUUCUAUUUGGAUAAUGGGGUCACAUGUUUACCUGUCUGAGUUUGUCCUGAGGUAUCCUCUUGAGUGAGAGAUGCUGCUUACUAAAAGGCCAGUAUCAGUAGCCCCAAGGAGCAGCAUGAGGGGGUAGGCAAGGAUGAGGAGUCAGGGUUACUGGGAUGAAAAGAUAUCUGUCAUAGUAAUUAGGAACUUAGGCUGGGAUUUUUUUUUUUUUAUUAGCUAAUUUGGAACCAUCUAACUGUAAAGUGAGGACAUGACUGCUCCAAGGUAUGGCUGAGGAGAAUGGAGAAUAUUUCUAUGAAGAUAUGGGGGGGGGGCAUGUAGUCCGAAGUAUCUGGAGAGUCCUGAGCAGGGAGAGAAAGUAGUAAACUAAGCAUGAUCACAAGAGGAAAACAAAGGAGUGAGGAUGCCAGGAGAGUAUGACCAAAAUGGCAGGCUUAUAUAGGUGUGAGAAGCCGGGGGAGGGGGAGGGGAGCUAGAGAAGUUUAGGGGGCUAGGUGAGAAGAGACACAGGUAGGAGUAGUAUUGAGGAAGCCUGGAGGCCAGUGUUGGCGUUGGUAUGCUAAUAGGCAUCAUAGUCAUUUGUCCUGAGUUGUUUUUUUGGACCUGACACUAAUGAUAAAAUAAUUACCUAAAAAUCACACAGCCUAGAGAUGACUGCCAGCUAUUUUCAGCUUCCUCUGUGGCUUUCCAGGCAAACAAACAUGGAGUGCUUCCCCCAUUGGAAACACCACUGGUGGGUUUGUUGUCUGCAAGCUUGUGUGCAUGAGUCGUGACACUGCUAGUGACUAUUGAGGAUAUCUGGUCCUGUCCGUGGUGGUAGCUUGCUACUACAGGGCACCAUUGCUCAACUCAACUCCUGCAGCCACUUUUCCACAGGUGUAGAAAGCAUCUGUCUGUCUGUCUAUCCAUCCCUCAGUCAGCCAUGUCUCAGUCAUCUUUUAAGCUAUUUGUUAAGAAUUUAUUGUUCUCACUUGCUAUUUAUUUUUUUAGUUUUGAAAUCAUGAGCCUGUGUGUAUCAGCUCAUCCUUAACAGUGAGUUCUGGUUUGCAAAGAGGAAUUUUUUUUUUUUUUUAACUUAAGAUUUUUAAGGGGCAGGGGAAAUUGGCUCAGUGGUUGAGCACUUACUGCUCUUAUGGUGGACCUGGGUUCAAUUCAUCCUUGUUGGGGGACUCACAACUGUUGGGAUGUGAUGACCUGAAUAUGUGGCAUACAUUCACACAGACACCACAAACACACACACACAAAUAUAAUAAAAAUGAACCUUUAAAAGACUAAAUCACAUUUAAUUAUUGUGUGUGGGGGACCCAUGCCUGCCACGGUUUAGGUCAGAGGAAAACUUGGAGGUUGGUGUACCCUUCCACCGUGUGGUUUCUGGCAUGGAACUCAAGUCUUGGUGGCUGUUCCUUGGCCCACAGAGCCAUCUUGCUGGUCCUGCCUAAGUCUGUGUCUGAAAGUUAAAUGAUAAAAUACACAAGUGAUACUGAUUUGUGUUUAGUAAAUCACAUUUUGAUCGAC